UGUUUGUUUAAUAUAUACUAUUUUUACAGAGAAGAAUCAAAACAAGACAGUGAUUUGGAUGAGCCAUGGAUCAUGACAGUUAAAGGCCCACACUCCAUAAAACCACCUAACGAUGAACCUCCAAACCAUAAGAUUCCUCAGAAGGUUCAGAAUGGUUCAGGACCUCCACAAACAAAAUCUCCUCCAAAAGAUUCAAAUCUAAACCAUUACAGGAGUGAAAAGGCCACACCGUCACGACCCCACACAGCAGCUCCAGCAGCUCCCAUCGUGGACAACCGUAAGGACAGAGACAGAGAACGAGAAAGGGAGACUAAGGAAGCUCAUAGUAGGGAAAAACGUACUUCGAAGGAAAUGGGUCCAUUGGAUCAUCGGGGAGAGCUUGGAGAAAGCGGAGAGAAGAAACCUGUUCAGAGGGGCCGGGAUGCCAACACAAAUAGCAGUAGUAGCAGCAGCAAACCCAGCCACGUGCGGUCUCCGUGUCUGUCUGGUGUUAUCUACCCUCUUAUUUCAGAGCUUCAGAGACGGCAUCUUUAUAAUGCCCGAGGUCCCGAGUCUUCCCAUAAGACAGAUGCAAUUGAAGAGCUAAAGAAUGCAUUUGAAUUAGCAGAACGUGCCAGUCCAGGAAUCAGUGAUUUGUUUGUGCGUGAAAUGGUUCAGAAGUUGUUACCUGCAGUAACAGAGACUAGAAUAAAAGGUGUUAUGGACAAACUUACUAGGUGAGUACUGAAUAUUUUGUGCAUAAAGU